AUGUCGACCAAACCGCGCAGCGAUUCCUCGACUUCGACUUCAUCCAACUCGUCCACCGACCCCUACGCCAACGCGUCGGUCUUCCGCUCUUCGCCCAACUACAAGUCGGACCAACUCGACGAUCUUUCGCAUGGCUCCACCGCCAAAGCACGUCGUUGGUCAGGUGCCAAGAAGAACCCGGGCGAAGGCCGAUCGCACUUUGAAGUGAGGGCCACCUCGGCUGACCAGGUCAAUGCUAGCAAAGACGAAAGAAAGGUCAGCGUCAAGAAGAACAAGGAUCUGCCCACCAGGGUCAAGAAGAACCAUUCGCCCGACCAGGCGAGGAAGGUGUUGGAGGCUAGUGAGCGCGUGUAG